AAUAGUAAUCGUCGCUGUAUGCAAGCGCACCUUUAGCAACAGAAAUAUACAUGAUUAUAUUUGAAUAUCCGAGAAUUCAGGAGUCACAAGAAACAGUUUACGUUUAAUUACUUUAAGGAAAAACAAUAAUUAUCAUACAUAGAAAACAAUUUUGUUAAUUCGAAUAAAAUAUGGGAGGUUCACCAACAAAAGUAGAAUCAACAAACACAGACAAAGACAAGAAAUUAAAGCCUUGUUGUGCUUGUCCAGAAACAAAGAGGAUUCGAGAUACAUGUAUUAUCGAAAAAGGUGAAGCUGAGUGUGGUCAUCUUAUAGAAGCUCACAAGGCGUGUAUGCGGCAUUUGGGAUUUAAUAUAUAAGAGAGUUAGAUAAUCUUAACUAAGUAAAUUAAUUUUUUUGCUUUCUAUGUGUGAUUUUAAUCAAACAUGUAAUUAUUAAUAUGUAAUUAAUAAAUCUACUGUUACCUUGGCAA